AUGGUCGGCGUAAUAAGGAGAUUACACAAGCUCAAGGCUCUCCUUGACAUCAGGUGCGGGCCGGGGGCUGCCAUCUUCCCCAGCGAUGUGACCAGGAUACACCUCGAGUUUGCCUAUGGUCUGGCAGGACACUUGGGACCAAGGAAAUUUUGGAACACAAAUCUCCCACGACUGAAAUUCUGGAACCCCGCUAUUCCGAUGAUUGUCAACCGAACAACAGACGUAACUGGGCCAGCGGUGUUGAGUGUCUACUUCCGCGAGCCAGGCUCGAUCCUGCAGGAAUUGCAGACGCCAAGUUCAUCUUUCCACGGGUUCGCCAAGGCCCCACAACCAGCCGAGGGCGAGCGUGUCCUUACGAUUGAUAUGAAGAACCUGCCGUCCGAGAAAAUUCUCGACGAGCUCAUCAGCAAGAGUGGCGCGGUUCCAGUAAGACCAACACCGCAAGACGAGGCCGACUUGGCCGAACUCAGGGACUUGGAGCGCACGGGAGAGAUCGACCGGGAAAGAGUAAAGAGGAAGACGGAUGCUGAGAAGAGGGAGAAGAGGCUCAUUGCCCAGGCGCAGUCUGAGGCUGCCGCUAUCAGGGCUGCGCUGUAA